AUGGCCGCCGGGGGAGCAGGAUGCGGGGAUACGGUGGAGCAGUGCCGGGCCGAGGUGGAGCGCCUGUCCCGGGAACUGGCGGAGGCGAACCGGGAGAAGAUCCGGGCGGCGGAGUGCGGGCUGGUGGUUCUGGAGGAGAACCAGAGUCUGAAGCAGCAGUACGCGGACCUGGAGGCCGAGCAGGAGGCGCUGAGGCUGGAGCUGGAGCAGCUGCAGGAGGCGUUUGGCCAGGCCUACUCCACCCAGCGGAAGGUGGCAGAGGAUGGGGAGACCAACGAGGAGACGCUCCUGCAGGAGUCUGCCACCAAAGAGGCCUAUUACAUGGGCCGCCUGCUGGAGCUGCAGUCAGAACUGAAGCACAGCAGGUCUACUGCCGCCAAUGCACAGGCCGACAAUGAGCACCUGAGUACUCUACUACAGGAGCUGCGGGAGCAGAGUAAUGAGAUGUUGGAGCUGCAGCGGAGUCGGAUGCGAGAAGAGAUUAGGGAAUACAAGUUUCGUGAGUCGCGGUUGCUCCAGGACUACACCGAGCUGGAGGAGGAGAACAUCUCUCUGCAGAAGCUGGUGUCAACACUCAAACAGAACCAGGUGGAGUAUGAAGGCCUGAAGCAUGAGAUUAAGGUCCUGGAGGAGGAGACGGAGCUCCUGAACAGCCAACUCCAGGAUGCCCUCCGUCUGAAGGACAUCUCUGACACUCAGCUGGAGGAGGCGCUGGAGUCUCUGAAGAGUGAGCGUGAGCAGAAGAACCACCUACGCAGGGAGCUCGUCCACCACCUCAGCAUGUGCGACGUGGCGUACACCGGCAGCGCCCACCUGACGUUCACCUCUGCCCCACCCAGUGGCACUGCAACCCCAACCACUGUACUCUCUCCAAACUCAGAGGAGCCAUCAAGAUGUAACGGCCAUCUACAAAGCGGGACCGGAGCUGGGACUGGAGCUGGGACCGGAGCUGGGACGACCCCGGGGCCCCUACCCAGAUCUAAUGGAGACUGCCGAGGGUCUGGACGGAAAGCUGAGGGGGCUUCGACGUCAGACCUGUUCAGUGAGAUGAACAUAACGGAGAUCCAGAGACUCAAGCAGCAGCUGAUGACAGUUGAGCGUGAGAAAGUCGCCCUGAUGACCAGCCUGCAGGAGUCUCAGACCCAGCUCCAGCACACCCAGGGGGCCCUGAACGAGCAGCACGAAAAGGCCCUUCGCCUUAGUCAGAAAGUUACUACCCUGCGCCGCCUACAUCGAGGAGCCCACCUGGCCUACGAAGCCCAAUGCAGCGCCACGCCUCAGCUCAACCGCGAGGCUCUGAUGGACCUGGACCAGGAUGAGGAGGAGGCAGGUGUAAACGAGGAGGAUAAGAAUGCAACUGUAAACAAAAGUCAAGUGUUCUCUUACCAGACGCCGGGUCUGGAGAUCCUUCAGUGCAAGUACCGGGUCGCUGUGACAGAGGUGGUGGAACUCAAAGCAGAGUUGAAGACCUUGAGAGAACGGCUGGCUCAGUGUGGGGAGGGGGCGAUGGUGGAGAAGCAAAGAGGAGACACUCAACUGAAGAAGCUGGAAGCACAAGUCACUUCACUGGGGAAGAGCUGCCGCGAAGGCCAACGGAAGAUCUCCAGUCUGGAGCUGGAGUUGCAGGCAGCUCAGUCAUCAGCCAGUGAAAGUCAGGGGGCCCUGAACGCAGCUCAGGACGAGCUGGUGACGCUGAGCGAGGAGCUCGCCCAACUCUACCACCACGUCUGUCUGUGCAACAAUGAGACGCCUAACCGCGUGAUGCUGGACUAUUACAGACAAGGCAGGGGUCUCAGAGGCCUCAGUGCCAGUCUCAAAGCCAUGUCUACAGACAACAGCAAAGUCCUCCUCACGCCACGCCUCGCCAGGCGGCUGGCCGCUGUCGCCUCUACAACCUCAACCUCUGGGGAGUCACGGAGCCCCUCGGAGUCUCCAUCCAAAGAGCCCUUGUCUGGGGAAGUGACCAGAGAGGACAGGGAGGGGGACAGGGAAAGCCUCCAGGUGCCCUCUGACCCAAGCCUGCCACCCUGCACACCUCCAACCCGCUCACCCAGCGUCAGUGCCUCUUCAUCAUCGUCAUCAUCAUCAUCCCCUGCUUUGGAGCCACCCGGAGAGCUGCGCAGGGAGCCGAUGAACAUCUACAACCUCAAUGCCAUUAUCAGAGACCAGGUGAAGCACCUCCAGCGUGCGGUGGACAGGUCUCUCCAGCUGUCCAGACAGAGAGCUGCAGCCAGGGAACUGGCUCCUCUGCUGGAUAAGGACAAGGAAAGCUGCAUGGAGGAGAUCCUGAAGCUCAAGUCUCUGCUCAGCACCAAAAGAGAGCAGAUCGCCACUUUGAGACUGGUGCUCAAAGCCAACAAACAGACAGCAGAGGUCGCUCUAGCUAACCUUAAGAGUAAGUAUGAGGCAGAGAAGUCCAUGGUGACUGACACCAUGAUGAAGCUGAGGAAUGAGCUGAAAGCCCUGAAGGAGGACGCCGCCACUUUCUCCUCCCUGAGAGCCAUGUUCGCCACCAGGUGUGAUGAGUAUGUGACUCAGCUGGAUGAGAUGCAGAGGCAGCUGGCUGCAGCAGAGGACGAGAAGAAGACGCUCAACUCCCUGUUGAGGAUGGCCAUCCAGCAGAAACUGGCCCUCACCCAGCGCCUAGAGGACCUGGCCUUCGAUCAGGAGCAGACCCACCGCACCCGCGGGAGCAGACUGACCCGCGGGAAGACCAGCACCCCUAAAGUAAGUCCCCCAGCCUCGACUUCAGCCUCCGACUCACCCCUGGGCAGUUCUUCAGCUUUGCCCCCUAGUCCCCUCCCCCCUACAAGCCUCUUUAGUCCUACGUCGUUGCUCCCCGACAGCCCCUCUGUGCCCCUCAGCCCAUCUGUGGUCAGUGCAGCUGCUGCAGCUCUGGCCUCAGUCCUCACCUCCCCAAUGUCACACAUGCCCCCUCGCAGUCCGUCAUUGCAAGCUGUCGCAUCAGCAGCUCUGCCUGCAGCCCCAGAGAGCCCCCCAUCUCUGGAGGCCCCCUCGUCUCCGUCAGCCCGAACCCCGCCCUCAACCCCUUUGAGGCUGGCUCAUUCCCAGUGGACUCUGGGGGUGCGGACGGUUGUGGUUGACUCUCACAGUUUCAGUGUCAACAUCGCGCCCCGUAGCUCAGGCCUCUCAAGGCACUAUACCCCAGACUCGCUUUCCUCUUCCUCAUCCACCAGGCCCACCCAGCCUGGAUCUGCCCCCUCAUCUCCAUACCGAUCCCCCAUUUUAGGGCUCAGACGCUCCACCUGGAGCCCGUCACCACGAACUCGUCCGUUUUCUAGCUUCACACGCUCUUCUGUCCUUUACACACCUUCUUCAUCUUCUGCUUACUCAUCUACCCAUUCCCCCUCAUCCUCUUAUAGCUAUUCACCUUCCUACCACAACACUUCUGCUUUCACCCCCUCCAGCUCCUACCUCACCAACUCCAACACCUCCACCUCCCACAGCCACGCCUCUCACUAUACUCCCCUCUACCCCAGAUCCUACAGUUCUUACCGCCCCCGGCACUGACACUCUAAAACCUUCACCAUACGCCUUUCCGCCAGGCUCCUUAUUGACACUAAAACUGCAACUCCCAUCAUCCCUCUCUUUCUGCUACCGUAGAGAGUGGGGGCUCACAGAGAUGAGGACAAAGUGGUUUCCUGUUUCCCAUUUCCUAUUUUCCUGUGCCUAAGCCUUGGCCAAUGGGUUCUGAAUGUUCAGCGACUAUGCUCAGGGAUUUGACAUAAGGAGCACAAGCGGCCCCGCCUUCCUUUAAUUCUGAGACUGAUGAUUGGUCCACAGGAGGACACUAAUAGACUUUUUAAUGAGAGUUUUUAGAAUUUAGAUUCUUCAGGUUGAGACCACAAAUGCAUGAAGAAAUUAAGAACACAGACAUUCAGACAUUCACUGGAACAUUUGAGGGGCACUUUUCAGGUUUGGAUGAGGGCCAUGACACGUAAAAAUACCAUCCUCUGUAUUCAGUGUAUUACCCACUAUGUUUUAUGGUAGCCAGUCUCAUAUACUGUAUGUGCAAACACUGUAACCCCAAUGUCUUUCAAGCUUUGUCCACACUAAUACAUUUUUAUUUUAAAACACUUUUGACUGGCUAUUAUUAGUCACUGUCUCAUAUCACGGGACCGUUUCCCAAAAACAAGCUAUUAAAGCCAUUUUUGUCUUUAUGUCUCUACUACUACUGCUACUGCAUUUAGCAUUUUACCAUGUUGCUAUAUUUAUACUUACACAUAUAUAAAGGCAGGUAUGUUAUUUUCAUGCUGUGACCAUUUUCUACACCCUUCAUGUUUAGGAUGUGAGGCUCAAGGAUAAUGCAACAAAACAGAGGUUCAAAUCAUUAUAGUUUCACUGCUUCCUGAUUGAUCUACAAUUGAAAAUACAUUAGAUGUACUGAAAAUCCAGAGGAAAAAUGGGCGAUAUUUACAGGUAAAACAAUGUAUGUGAUAACCAGAUUACAUAAGCAUCCAUCCACUUUUUAGCUAAUAUAACUAUUUCAUUAUUUUUACAUGAUAUAACAGUAAAGGGAUAAAUUGAUUCUGAAAUAUA